GGUUACACCAUUUGUGCUGUGAUUGGAUGAGGUUUGAUAGUGGGAAGUGCUCGUACACCGGUGUCUCCCUGGGUUGCGCAAGACGCCAUUUUGGAGUGACAGUGAAAGAUAACGGAAAGAUCGAGAAGCUUGUCCUUCUAAAGCUUCGUCACCAUGGGGAAUGUAUUUGCAACCUUAUUCAAGGGCCUAUUCGGCAAAAAGGAGAUGAGGAUUCUUAUGGUCGGGCUCGAUGCUGCUGGAAAAACAACCAUCCUAUAUAAACUGAAACUGGGAGAGAUAGUGACAACAAUUCCCACCAUUGGUUUUAAUGUUGAAACUGUAGAAUACAAGAACAUCAGCUUCACAGUGUGGGAUGUGGGCGGUCAGGACAAAAUCAGGCCGCUGUGGCGCCACUACUUCCAGAACACUCAAGGGCUCAUCUUUGUGGUGGACAGCAACGACAGGGAGAGAGUGAACGAGGCGAGGGAGGAGUUGUCCAGAAUGCUCGCUGAGGACGAACUUAGAGACGCCGUGCUGCUUGUUUUUGCAAAUAAACAGGAUCUCCCCAACGCUAUGAAUGCUGCAGAGAUCACAGACAAGCUGGGCUUGCACGCCCUCCGUCAGCGCAGCUGGUACAUCCAGGCCACCUGCGCCACCAGCGGGGACGGCCUGUACGAGGGCCUGGACUGGCUCUCCAACCAGCUGAAGAACCAGAAAUGAUCCAUUCCACCAGUUUUGGUUUUUGUUUGUUGUUUAUUUUUUUUCUGUUUCAACACAGUGGCAGCACCGGAUCCAGGCCCCUUCGCUCCCAUCUCACCCAGUUUUCAACCCCCAGCUCUUUCUUUCAAGAACUUCCUUCAUUCCCUUCCUUCUGCUUUCUCCCCUCCUCCCUCGUCAGUACUCUCGGGGCUCUAGCCUGUGCUGCGUGUGUGUGUGUGUGUGUGUGCGCGUGUGUGGGCGUGUGUGCGGGCGUGUACCUUGUGUGUUCAGCGAGUGUGUGCGGGUGUGAAGGCGUCUCUGUGUGUUGGCUGGGAUGGGGAGUAACCCUGGCGUGCCUUUUACACACCUCCUGUGGAAUCAGCAGUCUGGAUUUCAAGCCCCUUUCUCCAUCCACCAAACUCAGCCUCUGCCCCACUCAGCCUACCCCCACUCCAAGUCUUGCACGGCCCCCCUUCUCCCCUCACCCCCACCCUUACUCUCCAGAGGAAGCAUGGUUUUCAUACGGCAAAGAAAGAGCAAGGGUGCAAGCUCUCCUCCCCCCUCCCUGUAGUAUAUAUCUAUGUUAACUAGAAAUGUUCACAUGGUGUAGACUGAAUGCUAAAUGUUCAUUUUAACCUCUAUAUAUAUUUUUUUUUUUUUUUUUUUUUUGAAACCUCAAACCCACCAGUAAGAGAUUCAGUAAAUUGCAUCUUAACCUGUAUCAGGUCGAAGCAAAUCAAAAAUAGAAAAAGGAAGAAAAAAAGAACACACACAAUGCCCAUCCUCGAUCAUUCUGGUGUCAUUUGAAAAUCAUGCUGUUUGUUUUAUUAUUAUUAUUAUUAUUAUUAUUGGAAUAUAACAUAUUAUUCAUCGCAAUGGUUCUCCAUUGAACACUACCUUUCUGCCCCCCCACUACGCGAGACCGUGAAGCACAAGGCAAGCCAACAAUCUUAAGAAGUAAAUCUUAGAAUCUGCGAGUACAUUUCAAUUGUCUUUUUCAAAUUGUUCCUCAGCUGGCGAUUAAUUCCCCGGAUUAUUUUUGAGAGUUGACCUUCAGUCCAAUUAAUUAUUCGGAUAGUGUUCCUACUUUUUAAUGUAGGUUUAAAAAAACAAGGUGUUUCGUCAGCCGGUUAACUGAGACAGGUGUCCUGAUACAUUCACAAGCUUCACAUGUUAUUCCUUUAAGAGAUGUUACAUGUGUUAAUUUUUUUUUUUCUCUGUAACUAGUUUUAGCAUUUCUAUUUGUACUUUGACUGCUGAACCAAAUGCAUCUGAGCAGUAUGACAAAUCCUGUAAAUGAAAGUUGUGCAUCCUCGAGGGCCUGAACUGCAUAUGAUUUAGACUGAAGAGGUUUUUUUCAUCAACGGUUGGCAGUUUUAUUUUGAGAUCUGAAAGCAUCCGGCUGUCUAAUUUUUCCUUGUUGGGAUGAAGGAUUGGCACCAAAUAUGAAGGCUCUUUAACUGUGAACGGUCCAGACAUGAAGAAAGGAAACCAUAGUUCAAGUGUCUGGGUGUUUACAGGCUACUACACAUUAUAGCGCCGCAUACUUCAUGACUGAAAAGACCAACACGACAAGCACUCUGUCAGUAGCUCGUCCGUGAGCUGGAAGGACUUGGUGGUAGGCCUGUUAAUGGGGAAUGGGUGUGCAGUUAACUGGUCGUGAGAUUCAGCAGGCGUCCUCAGUGUCGAACCAUGGGGGUUAAGCUGGCACUUCUGUCAAGAAUGAUUGUAAAUCUGUAAGUUCCCCUGUAAACUGUUUCCGUGGGGAUUUCCUGAACACAUUAAUAAACAUGAUUUGAUCCAA